GCGCACUCGAGGAAGGCGAGAACUCAGGCAGGGCAGGGCAGGGCAGGCAGGCAGGCGUCGACCGAGGCCCGCUUUGCUUCUCGCUUCCACUGGCCGGCGAGACAGAGCCAUCGGCGCUACACAGACCACGAUGAGCGACAUGCGGCUCUUCAUCUACCGCAACGAGGCGGGCUCCGAGGGCAAGGUCAUGAACCUCAAGUCCAAGGACAGCAUCGCGCGGCUGAAGAAGGUGGCGAGCAAGAAGCUGGGCGUGCGCGCCAAGCGGCUCUUCCUGGCCAGCGGCGCUGAGAUCUCGGACGUGGACGAGUUGCAGAACAACGACACGCUCUACGUCUCGCAGGGCGAGGCCUUCUACAAGUCACUGGGUCCUGCCAACGGACAGGAGACGUUCCACAUGUCGGUGCUGGGCUCGGGUGGUGUCGGCAAGAGUGCGCUCACGCUGCGAUUCGUGAGGGACUACUUCGUCAAGGACUGGGACCCCACCAUCGAGGACGCCUACAGGAAAGCCAUCACCGUGGACGACGGACUGUGCAUGCUCGAGAUUCUGGAUACCGCAGGGCAGGAUGACUUCGAGUCGCUACGAGGCCAGUGGAUGAUGGACAAGGAUGGCUAUGUGUUUGUGUAUAGUAUGGACUCGAGGAUCUCGCUUCACGAGUUGCAACCAUUCUUCGACCUGCACCUCCAGAUCAACGAGAGCCGCCGCCCGCUGCCGCCGAUUAUCCUCGUGGCCAACAAGAAGGACGUGGUGGACCGCGACCCGAGCAAGUGCCAAGUGAGCACGGAGGAGGGGCGGCGGAUAGCACACUCGUACAACGCGCGCUACAUAGAGACGAGUGCGCUCACAGGAGCGAACGUGACGGCAGUAUUCGAGACGUUUGUGCGCGAGGUGCGUCGGAAGAAGGUGCCCAAGCAGAAGAAGAGCUCGUGUAUGAUUCUCUAGCGGCUCUGCAACAACACGAUCGGCAGUCGGUGGCUCAUCCAUCCAUCAGACAUGACCCGACCGGCGGUGGUGGACGAAGCGACAGCAGGACACCCGAGAUGCCAGUAUAGACACUACUAUUAGUAAAUAGACAGCAGCAGGAAGGGCCGAGGCUGCGACGACAGCGUCCCAGCGGCAACUGGAGCGGGCGGGUGAGCAAUUGCAUUGCACCACGGCACCAGCAUAGUGCUGGUGCUCGCCAAUGUGAAAUUUCAUUUUUGACUUCC